AUGCCUUACAACAAUACACCAAUAGCGCCAAACAAGGAGAUUACGGGCCAUGUAUCGCUUCCUCUCGCACGCGUGCAAAAGAUCAUACAAGCGGACCCCGAACGCAUUACAACCUCCAAGAAUGCCGCCUUUGCCAUCGCACUAGCGACAGAAAUGUUCAUUCAGCACCUUGCGCAAACUACACACAAUGUUGUCAAAGCCGAACGUAAGCCACGGCGCAACAUCCAAUACCGCGAUGUCAGCAGUGCGAUAGCGAAGACGGAUAAUCUAGAGUUCUUGGUCGAUGUUGCGCCCAAGACGAGCACAUGGGGAACCGUGAAGAAGAAGCUGGAAGAGAAAGAGAAGGAGGACGCUAAGAAGAAGGACAAGGAUGGUCAGAAGGACGGAGUGGUGAAUGGACAGAAGACAUUGGAUGGCCCUGUUGACACGGCCGAGGUGGGCGCGGGUAAGGACAAGGACACAGAGACGCCUACCAACGGCGAUGCAACCAUCUCGCCUACGCCAGCGAAACCAGACGAGACGCCCGAUGCCAUGGAGGUCGACCAGGAGGUCGAGCGGGUAGAGGACAGCGAGCCAGAAGAGGACGCUGCAGCGAUGCAAAUCGAGAUGGAGAUGCGCGGCCCACCUCGCCAACCUACGGCGAGUGCAAGCAAGAGUCCAGAAGCUAGGCGGUCAACCGGUGGAUUUACUGCGAUUAAUGGUCAAAAGUGA